AUGUCCCAGGCGCCGAAGCUUGAAGAGAACCAGCCUUUUGAGAUGAGAGAGGUGACAUACUCAACAAAGGCUCUAGAGAUGACGAUGAUGGAGACGCCACCAUUCUCCGAAGGAGAAAAGAUUGACGAACUAUUAAAGAAACCCACAUACCUCGUAAUGAAGCAUGACAGGAGGCGAACCCUAUGGCAGUAUUACAAGAACGAUGCAAACCACGAAGACACAAGGGAGAUGCUAGACAUCAUCCAAACGGCACCCUAUUUGCAUUUGCUUGUCACCACAUCGACCGACUUGAGGGCAUUGGUAAGAACAUCAUACGACGCUAAAGAGUGGCUGGCCUUUCUCGCUACGACACACGUUCCAGUAUUUCCCUGGGAACACUCCACGUAUGUACGAAUCCUUCAAGCACUAAAAUCGUGUGGCAUUCGACCUAAGGGAGCUCUUGCAGGACUUAUCAAAACCAAAAAGAGGAGCGAUAGCUUUGCGCGAGAGAAGGAUAUGGACUUCUGUCCAUUGCCUUUCGACGAUUUCUAUAUCGAUAAUAUCGACUUAGCAUCCAUGUACUUCCACAUCACGCCCACCCCUCAUCCAAGGACUGCAGACGGCUUCAACGACAAGGUGGUGAGCGCCCACAGAAUACUGGAACAAGUUAGGGCAGCACAGCCUAAAGUGGACACUGAAGAGCUCAUCAAAGACGCCAUAUACGCAAAAGCCACUAUGGGAAGAAGGGAUCACAUGUGUCAAGCACUAAUCGCCAGCAACAGGAGGGCAUUUGAAAUGGGGUGGGCCGGUGCAUUGGAACAUCUGGGUCUUCUUGACCCGAACAAAAAGGUGAACUAUUUGCCUGAUCUACUGAAGACAUUGAUUAACGCAGCUGCAGGACACAAGAGCCGCAACAGCACAGCCGGA